ACUCUUGUUUUGUGUGUGCUUGUUGGUGUUGUUUAGCUGAACUUUUGUAGGCUUUUGUUUUUACAUAUGCAGUGGCCUUUAAACCGGUGCACAAAACCCUCAACUAGACCAGGUGUGACAUUCGGUGGCAGUGCUGGGAUGGUCAGCUACAAGACGACCACACAUUCAGGUGCUAUAGGGGCAUUGGUGUGAGCUGCCCAACCAAAGAAGAAAGAGGAAGGACCAGAGGUCCAUGCUGAUUGGGAGGAGGAGGCUGACCAGUCAGAGAAGUCGGCAAGGCCGCCAGAAGACAGCUUAGUAUUACUGCGUCAAGAAGUUAUGAUGUCACAGAAGGUACCGAAAGAGAGAUUGAUGGCAGAAAUUAGAGGUUGGAAAGAACAGCUGACAACCUUGAUGAACUCUCUUCCACUGACGCUUCAGAGCUCUGUCGAUACCAUUGCACAUAUAAGCUUAUCUACUCCAGCAGCCAGAUGGAUUUCUCCAGUAUCACAGAAUCUAGCUGCUGUCAAACGCUCAGUACCAAUGGACUUGUACAAGAGAGAGCUUAAAAUUGCAUCACAUGAAGCCAGGGAAAAUAUUGAGAAUUUUUUGCUGUGCUUUGAGAAGUUGGCACGGACUUGGCGUUGGCCAGAAAGAGAAUGGGCACGUCGGCUGACUCCUUUACUGACUGGCAAAGAGCUGGAGGCCUACGCAUCAGUGGGUGAGGAUGCAGCCUGUAGUUAUUCAGAUCUAAAGGAAGCACUGUUGCCUACGUUUAGUAGUUCACCAGAAACGUAUAGGCUACGUUUCCGGUUCAUGGUGACGCCUGAUAAUGAAACUCCUAAAGAAACCUAUCAUCGCCUUAAAGAAUUAUAUCAGCAAUGGAUGAAGCCAGAUCAACGUAGCAAGGAGGACAUUGGAGAAGUCAUCAUCCUGGAACAGCUUCUUCGCAUACUUCCUGCAGUAACCCGGACAUGGAUGAAGGAGCAUCAACCUACAAAUGGUUUGGAAGCAGCCGAGUUGGCACAGCAGUACCUGGAGGCCAGAAGAAGCUCAACACAUUUCAGACCACAGGAUCGGGGUGAGCGGCAAUGCCAGGCGUGUGAGCAGCCAGCCAUGGCGCACAGGAAGCCGACGAGUACCAGCAGCAGCAUGGCGGAGCCCCGCGCCCGGGCCUGUUCCGCGGCUUUCCCUAACAAGGAGCGGGCAGAGGGAGCCCAGGCCCCUCCGCAUUCCUACAGCGGCCCUCAGGGGCCUGGGCUGACAGACAGCAGGCCGGCCACCCCCGAGGGCGCGUGUGGUGACUGCCCUGCCCACCCCGACAGCAUGGAUGGGGACUCCAGCUCCGACUAUGUCAACAACACAUCUGACGAGGAAGACGAGGAGGAAGACUACGAUGAGGGCUUGCCCGAAGAGGAUGAGGCCGUGACGUACUACAUCCGUUACUGCCCCGAGGACGACAGCUACCUGGAGGGGGUGGAUUGCGGUGACGGCAACUAUGCCUCCACCCACCCAGGGCCGCCGGCCGACACUGACGAGUGCCAGGAGGCGGUGGAGGAGUGGGCGGGGCAGGAGCCACUGGAACGGGACCCGGGCACGCAUGGAUACGAAGGCAGCCUGGAGCCGGACCUCCAGUGCCAGGAACUGCCGAGGGAUGUAGGUGAGGGAGAGGAGGACGUUGAGGGGAGUGAAGGAUACUGUCCCAACGAGGAGGAAGAUGAGGGCGAGGGCGGCUGCUACACGGGAGACUACUAUGCCCCCACGGACAACGGGAACGCCGUGCCGGACGAGGCCGAGGAGGACAUUGACCAGAUAGUAGCAGAGAUCAAGAUGAGCAUGAGCGUGGGAAGCCUGAGUAGCGGUACUGAGCCCAGCCCGGAGGAGCCGCCCCCGCCCCCUGAGCCGGCGCCCCGCACCCUGCACUGCCACGAGGGCCGUCCCCGCUCCCUCAACCUCCCCCCGGCACGGCACAACCCUGAGCCUCCGAGAGGAUUCAGUGGCCGGGCACGCACCCCGGACGAUAGGGCUCAGUGGGCACAGGAGCAGGUAUCUAAUAGUGCAGAGCAGCCCAGAAAACAGCAGCGUUCAGACCUCAAUGGGCCUCUGGAGAACAACAAUGUCCCUGAGCAAACGAAGAAGACGACGUUCCCCAACUUUGUGGACGUCCCUGGGCCCUGUGAGCCCGAGGACCUCAUCGAUGGCAUCAUCUUCGCUGCCAACUACCUGGGCUCCACCCAGCUGCUCUCAGAGCGAAACCCGUCCAAAAACAUUCGUAUGAUGCAGGCGCAGGAGGCCGUGAGCCGGGUGAAGAGCUUGGAAGGUGAUGGCCAGACCCUCACGGAGGUGGACCUCUUUAUCUCCACACAGAGGAUCAAGGUGCUGAACGCCGACUCACAGGAGACGAUGAUGGACAACGCCCUGCGCACCAUCUCCUACAUCGCGGACAUCGGGAACAUCGUGGUGCUGAUGGCGCGCCGGCGCGUGCCCCGCACCGCCUCGCAGGACUGCAUCGAGACCACGCCUGGCGGCAGCGAGGGCAAGAAGCAGUACAAGAUGAUCUGUCACGUGUUCGAGUCGGAGGAUGCUCAGCUCAUCGCCCAGUCCAUAGGACAGGCAUUCAGCGUGGCUUACCAAGAGUUCCUCAGAGCCAAUGGCAUCAACCCAGAAGAUCUGAGUCAGAAGGAGUACAGCGACAUCAUAAACACGCAGGAGAUGUACAACGACGACCUCAUCCACUUCUCCAAUUCGGAAAACUGCAAAGAGCUGCAGCUGGAGAAGCAGAAGGGUGAGAUCCUGGGCGUGGUGAUCGUCGAGUCCGGUUGGGGCUCCAUCCUGCCCACCGUCAUCCUGGCCAACAUGAUGAACGGCGGCCCGGCCGCCCGCUCCGGCAAGCUCAGCAUCGGCGACCAGAUCAUGUCCGUCAACAAGACCAGCCUGGUGGGCCUGCCGCUCGCCACCUGCCAGGGCAUCAUCAAGGGCUUGAAGAACCAGACUCAGGUGAAGUUAAACAUCGUAAGCUGCCCCCCUGUCACCACUGUCCUCAUCAAGCGUCCCGACCUCAAGUACCAGCUGGGCUUCAGCGUGCAGAAUGGCAUCAUCUGCAGCCUCAUGCGUGGAGGCAUCGCGGAGCGAGGAGGGGUCCGUGUCGGCCAUCGCAUCAUCGAGAUCAACGGCCAGAGUGUGGUGGCCACAGCCCACGAGAAGAUCGUCCAGGCGCUGUCCAACUCUGUCGGCGAGAUCCACAUGAAGACCAUGCCAGCAGCCAUGUUCAGACUGUUAACUGGCCAGGAGACGCCCAUGUACAUCUGAGCCUGAGCAGGCCAAGGAGGGGCGACCAGGCGCCGGACCCCACACCCCAGGGACAAGUCCAGCAGACCUCCUGCUGUCCCCCCAGGAACUCUCCGAUCUCUGCACCUAACGAGUCUCCCUUUUGCAUUUUCUCGUCCUCCCGUACAAGGAGAUCACCUUUGUUUGUUCGCUGGUGUCGGCAUUAACGGACCAUAAAAAUAACUUACGGAUUUAAAGUGGAAAAGAAACGAAUGUGUUAUGGUCACGGCUGUCACAUGAUCGUUAUAAUAAAUGUGUGCUGUCUGUCUGUGACACUUUCGUCCAAUCACGGCGUGGAAAGAUUGAAUGAGUCCGUCGUGGUUUAUUUUUUUAUUUACGUAUGUAAUAUUAACAUGGUAUGUAUGUAUAAUUCUGUUUGCUUCCUUUCCGUAUUUCUUUUCAAUUGUAAAUACAUUAAUUAUUUUUUUUGCCAGCGGACUCGGUUGGGAAACAUGCAUUUUGAUGUCGGCCUACAGUGCAGGGAUUACGCACAGGUCGGGGCGAAGACCGCAGGUGAUGCAGAGAUACUGAGGGCAGACUCCCAUUUAUUCCAGUUUUAGGACACUAAGCUCUUGGUUUCCCUUGUAUGAGUAGCACAAUAAGUUUUGAAAAAGUAAUAAUUUAAAAAUUUCAAGCGAUCGCUUUUGUUAUAUCAGCUGCACAGGGCCGUCUGAUGGAUCAGACAUGCAUCUGUACCUCCAUGUUAGUUCAAACUGCUGAGGAAAUGAUUCUGAAAGACAUUUUUUUGGUAUCAAUUCUUUAAUUGAUAUCAAAGUUAUUGCAGAAGGAGCGUACAAUAACAUGGUCUAUUCCACCGAGUUCUAUACAUUUUUUUUUAAGUUAUUGUAUGAGCACUAAAAAGUCCAAAGAUACCAUGACGAUGUUUGCCCAUAUAAAAUUAACUUUGUGGAUGAGCUUUUUGAUAGAUAAACGUGUGAGCAGAUGUUUUGUAAGUAACCACAUGGCAAAUCCAAAGUACAUUCGUCGCCCCUACAAGUAGCAAAAAAAAUUUAAGAAAACUCACAAAUUCUUACCAGAUCUUGACUCAAAACCGACACAGUGUGCAGCAGGAAUGUGUAAAUGGAAACGGUUCCACUUUGUAUCGUUUGUUUUUUUUUUUUGUAUUUUCUGCAGAAACUCUAAUUUAUUUGAGUGGAUUGUGAAUGUAACGUAAUAUUAGAACAGUGUCCAUAACCACGUCCAGUGUUAGACUGUGUGUACAUGAUGAAAACCGUGUCUAGUAUUGUUCCCCGUAGGGAAUUACUGUUGUUCGCUGCGAGCUCCCCCCCCACGCCCACCCCCUCCAUUUCUGGCCUUGUUUGCAGAAGGAUAAUGACGGUAACGAUUAAAUAGAAUACACUGUGACAGAAAAAGGCUCACCGGUAACGAUUUUAAAACGUACUGGACUAAAAUCAAGAUUCGAAAUUAAAGACACAUCAAAGUAGAAUAUCUGUUGCAUGCAGCUGAAGAGAGAGCAAAAUCAUUCUGGAAAAAAUAACAAUAAAAUAAAUCCUAACUUUGAAA